AUGGACGAGGACAGUAUGAGGAAGAGAAAGGACAUGUUUAAUGGAGGCCCCGACCCAACCUCCAAUGUGAAGGCUACCGUGCUACAGAAGGAGGAAGUUGUCAUAACCACUUCCUGUCUCUCUCUGCAGGUGGGCCUUUUGAGUGGGAUCUGUCUGAUCGUAGGAACCAUGAUCGGCUCUGGCAUCUUCAUCUCCCCGAAGGCAGUGCUGCUGGAAACGGGAGCCGUAGGACCGUGUCUGUGUGUCUGGGCCGCCUGCGGGGUGCUGGCUACACUGGGGGCGCUGUGCUACGCGGAGCUGGGCACCAUGAUCACGAAGUCUGGAGGGGAAUACGUGUACCUGAUGGAGGCCUAUGGGUCAGUGAUGGCCUACCUCUACUCAUGGAGCACAAUCAUGGUUCUUCAGCCAUCCGCCUUCGCCAUCAUCGCCCUAAGCUUCGCAGAGUACACCUCCACGCCGUUCUACGCAGGAUGCACUCCUCCCAUUGUGGUCACCAAGUGUCUGGCUGUAGUGUGCAUAUUUCUGAUAGUGUCGGUGAACUGUCUCAGUGUGAAGCUAGCCAGCUAUGUCCAGAACUUCUUCACUGCAGCCAAGCUUCUCAUCAUCCUGGUCAUCAUAGUGGCGGGCAUCGUCCUCUUGGCACAAGGAAACACUGAGAAUCUGUCCAACCCAUUUGAAGGAGCCUCAACCUCCUUUGGAUCCAUUGGACUGGCGUUUUACAACGGGCUCUGGGCCUACGAUGGGUGGAAUCAGCUGAACUUUAUAACAGAGGAGCUGAAAAACCCAAACAGAAACCUUCCCCUGGCCAUUAUCAUUGGUAUUCCCUUGGUGUCUGUGUGCUAUGUGCUGGUCAACAUUGCAUACUUCAGUGCCAUGACCGCUACGGAACUACUGCAGUCUCCCGCUGUCGCUGUGACUUUUGGUGACAGAGUGCUGUACCCCCUGUCGUGGGUAGUCCCUCUGUUUGUCAUCUUCUCCACCUUCGGGGCGGCCAAUGGGAGCUGCUUCACUGCCGGCAGGCUGACCUAUGUGGCAGGAAGAGAGGGUCACAUGGUAAAGAUCUUGUCCUAUAUCAGUCUGAAGCGUCUCACUCCUUCCCCCGCCCUCAUCUUCAAUGGUAUUCUGGCCGUAUUCUACAUUAUCCCAGCAGACAUCAACACCCUGAUCAACUUCUUCAGUUUCGCCCUGUGGGGUUUCUACGGCCUCACAGCUCUCGCUCUCAUCGUCAUGCGCUUCACCAGGAAGGAUCUCGAGAGACCCGUCAAGUGUCCCAUGCCCAUAGCAGUGCUGGUGGUGAUAGUGUCCUGCUACCUGGUCCUAGCACCUAUCAUAGACAAGCCAGAGCUGGAGUAUCUCUACUGUACCAUCUUCAUCCUCAGCGGUCUGCUGCUCUACUUCCCCUUCGUACACCGCAAGUUCAGCUGGACACGCAGGGUCAUGAGGCCAAUCACCAUGUACCUCCAGCUGCUGAUGGAGGUCGUUCCUCCUGAGAACAACGAAUAGAGGAAGAUAAUAAACAGCCUGAACUGACUAAUGUGGACAAAUGUCUUUU